AUGACGCUGUCUGUAGAAAUUCGUUUUCACAUUUUCACUUUACCGAUGCAUCCAGUCAAGCGAAUUUGUCUACAGUACAGUAGUGAUUAUUUAUCGUUUGCAUUUAUCCCUUCUCCUCAGAACUGUCAGUUACCAAUGUGCCUUCUUUGCCAUCAAACAUUGACCAACGAAACAAUAAAACCUUCACACUUGAAGUAUCAUUUUGAAGCAAAGCAUUCUGGCAAGAAGGACAAGCCGUUAUCAUACUUUUUGCAACUGAGCUUCUCUUUCAAAAAGCAAAUACAAACAUUCAACAUGCUACUCCAGGAAACUAGUAAACAGGAGAAUGAGGGGUUGAUUGCAUCGUAUAACAUUGCAUUGCUUGUUACUAAGUCUGGGAAGUCUCAAACAAUUGGAGAAACAUUACUUCGCCCAGUUAGCGAAGAGGUUUUGUCAACCGUUAUGCAUGAAAAGCCCGAUAAUAUUAUGAAGAAGAUCCCACUUAGUAAUAACACAAUUUCUCGACGCAUCGAUGAAAUGGCCACCGAUGUCAAACAUCAGCUCAUUAAUAUUCACCAGCGUUGUGAAUUUUCUAUACAAGUGGAUGAGUCAACUGUUGUGGACAAUCAAUGUUUGAUGAUGGUAUAUGUUCGGUAUUUCAGCGAAGACCUUCAAACUUGUGAGGAAAUGCUGUUCACAGAGAAAUUGCCACUUGAUUAA